AUCAUUAUUUUAUUUUUUUGUUUUAGUAAUAAGUACAUCGGAACUAAUGUCACAUGGUGCACCGAGCCAAAUUAACAGUGACACACAGACGUCAUUGAAUCAUAUUACCGACAGCCCUUGUUUGGUGAGCUGCAAUGGCAGGAGGAGGGACUGGUGUUGAUCUCACCAGGAAGUUUGUUUCAGAAGCGGAGCUAGAUGAAAGGAGGAAAAAAAGACAGGAGGAGUGGGAAAAAGUUAGGAAGCCUGAGGAUCCUCAGCAGGUCCCUGAGGAGGAGUAUGACUCCCGUUCUCUCUUUGAGCGUCUGAAAGAGCAGAGAGACAAGAAGCAAGAGGAAUUUGAGGAGCAAUUUAAAUUCAAGAACAUGGUAAGGGGAUUGGACGAUGAUGAGACCAGCUUCCUGGAUGAGGUUUCCCGGCAACAGUGCAUGGUAGAGAAGCAACGCAGGGAUGAAGAGAAACAGGAACUGUUGGAAUACAGAAGUGCUGUAGCGAAGCAAGUGUCCUCAGACAGCCGCCCAGAAUCUGAGAAGAAAGUAACAGCUAAACAAUCUGUGGUGGAGCAAAGGACCAGUCAUUUGUCUCAAGCCCAUUUACUGGCUGGUGCUGUCAAAAGACGCAGUUCUUCCCAGUCAUCAGACAGCAGUAAGAAACAAAAGGUGGAAAGUGGAGAACAAGGAAACGAAAACAGACACACAGAACAGGAGGGAGGAGGAGAUCGAAGAUCAGGGGGAGCUGAUAAUCACCAAACUGUCCUGGGCCUGACACCCAAGAACCCGUCGCCCCCUGUUAAUUCUAGCCCAGCCAUGCUUCACCUCCCUUCGGCGGCGGUGUGCAUCGGCGUCCUACCGGGCCUCUGCGAUUAUUCUGGAAGCAGCGACUCUGACAGCAGCUCGGACAGUGAAGGUAGCGUGGAUGCAAUCAUGUUGCCAUACCCACGGCACAGCAAAGCCUAUAGAUAGUCUGUUUCACACACACUUUACGUAUGUGGCGUGUUGCACACUCAUACAGGAAAAACCUCAAUUUUCUUAGAAGUAUACCUGCCACAUGAGUUAUAGUACUACUAUGGCAAAUGGUGUUCGAUAUACAAUUGUGAACACUCCUAGAAAAACGUUCUAUGAAUGUUAUGUGCUACUACAAUCUUUUCUUAGUAACUGUUAGAAUACAAAUGCUAUUUAGGAGAGGUUCAGGAAUUGAUAGUUAACUGUUUGUAAUAGAUUUUGUCAAUUGUCACAAAGUGUUGAUCUUAGAGCAAUUGACGGAAAAUGUAGUCCGCAAUUUAGGUGGCACCAAUUUAGGUAGUAACUCAACUUGUUUGAUGUCUGAAAAAGUCCAACCGUUUCACAUAAGGUAAUGUUGUGGUGCAUUGGGCCUGACCUUCACUAGAGCACAACUCCUCCUGAGAGAGCUACUCUGUCAUAAAAGAGACAUUUAGGACAUUUUGAAAGACAUUUUCCCCGAUAAGACUAAAAGUUGAUUUCAUAUAUUGCCUCUCAACAGUUAAAGUUUAUUUGGUUACGACCAGGGCGUAAUUGUAUUUUCUUCCUAUUCAAUUGAUUUCUCAAAUCUUUCUAAAUUCUCGUGAGAACUGGCUGCAAAAAAAUUAUUUAUAAAUUUGUGAUUUUGUGAGGGGAGAACUUUGAGCAAAUUUGUCAUUAAUUACAACAAUAAAAAAGACUAUUUCAAUUGAAAAAAAUCUGUGUAGCUAUUUGUGCUUUUGCUAGUGUAUCACUCAAAUAUGACGCUUCCUUCCCUCAAUG